AGCUCACCGUGCAGAGGAGAAUCCAUCGCGUAGAAGUGCUGGCUGCUCCCCCUACCCUAGUCGUCCUCGACACUCGGUUAUUUCUCUCUCCGUUUGCUAGGAGAAAGCUUGGUUCCGCUUAGGGAACUGUCUCCUACGUAUUUCUCGCCCGUCACGCUUUUGCCUGCAGGCGUAGCACUGCUGCCAUAUUCAGUUCAACAGAGGUACCCGAGUCAUUACUCGAGUUUUUUAGAAUUCUCAAACCUCUUCACUUAGGUCUUGACAGCAAUCGCUUAGGCCGCAUCGUCUGCCGAUUCCUCUCCUCCCCUACAGCUUAGGCCGAAUCGUCUCCAGUUUCCGCGUGCGUUUUCUAGAAAAGAACAGGAAUGGCGCGCGGUGACGAUUACGACGACGAGGUGGAGGGAGGGCGACGAGGAGUACGAGGAGGAGGAGGAGGAGGAGGAGGACGAGGAGUACGAGGAGCGCGCGGGGAAGAAGCGGGGGCGCGGAUCGCAGUUCAUCGACGACGCGGCGGAGGAGGACGAGGACGAGGACGAGGAGGACGAGGCCCCGCGCAAGAAAAAGGGGUCGACCACCGGCCGUUCGAUGUUCAUUGAGGAGGAAGCGGCGGUGGCGAGCGAUGACGAGGAGGAGGAAGAGGAAGAGGAAGAUGGUUUCAUUGACCGGGACGCGGACCUAGGCGAGGAGUUAGGCAACGAGCGGCCGUCGGCGCACCACCGCACGCUGCUGCGGCGCAACGAGGAGGAGGAGGAGGUGAACGAGGAGGACUACCAGCGGUUCCUGGAGGAGCGGUACGCGCGCAACGAGGUGCCCGACCUGGGCGAGGGCGAGGCCACCGAGGUCGAGCAGCAGGCGCUGCUGCCCUCCGUCCGGGAUCCGAAACUGUGGAUGGUCAAAUGCCAGCUGGGCCACGAGCGCGAGGCGGUGGUGUCGCUGAUGCAGAAGUGCGUGAAUCUGGAGGGGCAGGGCGGGGCGCUGCAGAUCAAGUCAGCCAUAGCGCUGGACAACCUCAAGGGGUGCGUGUACGUGGAGGCGCACAAGGAGGCGUACGUCAAGGAGGCGUGUGCGGGGCUGCGCCUGCUGUACUCGUGGAAGCCGGCGCUGGUACCUAUCAAGGAGAUGGCGGGGGUGUUGACGGUGGAGCAGAAGUCGGUGGACCUGGAGGAGAACAGCUGGGUGCGCGUCAAGAUCGGGCUCUACAAGGGCGACCUUUGCGCUGGUGACUGACGUGGACACAGUGAAGCAGAGGGCCACCAUCAAGCUCAUUCCCCGCAUCGACCUCCAGGCGCUCGCCCAGCGCCAGGCGCUCGCCCAGCGCCAGGUAAGGCAUUCAGAGUGCUACUGCUGGGUGCUUGAAGGUGGUUCGCUUGUAAGACGACUCAGAAAACACCUCGGUGAGCCACGGUAGUGAAGCAAAGGGCCACCAUCAAGCUCAUUCCCCGCAUCGACCUCCAGGCGCUCGCCCAGCGCCAGGUUAGUCAGUAUGAAUCAUCUCCACUCAUUCCAUGUGCGCUCUUCCACUAGCCCUCGCCCAGCGCCAGGUUAGUCAGUAUGAAUC